GGUGAGUUCUUCUUCACUUCUACUUAUUAAUCUCAUUACUAUUUCUCGUUUCCUUCCCCAUCAUUUUCUUGAUUAUCGCAGUGUUUUUUUUGUGGAUAAAUCCUACUGUUGUUUCCAGUGUCUGGUGGAAAAAUGGGCAUACACUCGAGAACAGUUGCAAUUUCACUCUUUGUGUUGUUCAUGUUGUUUUGUUCUGCCUCUUCUGAUGAGAGAAACGAUGGAACAUUCAGAAUUGGCUUGAAAAAACUGAAGUUGGAUCCUAACAAUCGACUUGCCGCACGCUUUGGUUCCAAGCAAGAAGAACUAAAAGAGAUUCGUUCAAAUAACAAUCUUCUUGGAGAUUCCGGAGAUGCUGAUAUCGUUGCGCUGAAGAAUUACUUGGAUGCUCAGUACUAUGGUGAGAUUGCUAUCGGUACUCCACCGCAGAAGUUCACAGUGAUUUUCGACACAGGAAGCUCUAAUCUUUGGGUACCUUCAGGGAAAUGUUAUUUCUCGCUGUCCUGUUUCUUUCAUGCUAAGUACAGGUCCUCGCUUUCAAGCACAUAUAAAAAGAAUGGAAAAAGAGCCGCAAUUCGUUACGGUUCUGGAUCAGUCUCUGGUUUCUUUAGUUAUGAUGCUGUUACAGUUGGUGAUUUGGUUGUCCAAGAUCAGGAGUUUAUUGAGGCAACCAGUGAGCCUGGUUUAACAUUUUUGGUGGGUAAAUUUGAUGGUCUUCUUGGUCUUGGAUUCCAAGAGAUCUCCGUUGGAAACGCCACUCCUGUUUGGUACAAUAUGCUCAAUCAAGGCCUUAUCAAGAAGCCUUUGUUUUCAUUCUGGCUUAACCGUGAUAUAGAAAGCGAAGAAGGUGGUGAAAUUGUAUUCGGUGGUGUUGAUCCAAAACAUUUCAAGGGAGAACAUACAUAUGUUCCUGUGACACAAAGGGGUUACUGGCAGUUCGACAUGGGUGAGGUUCUCAUUGCCGGUAAAUCUACUGGAUACUGUGAAAGUGGUUGUUCUGCCAUAGCAGAUUCUGGAACAUCUUUAAUCGCAGGGCCAACGACUGUGGUUGCCAUGAUAAACAAAGCUAUUGGAGCAUCUGGAGUUGUUAGCCAGCAGUGCAAGACUGUUGUUGAUCAGUAUGGACAGACCAUUUUGAGUUUACUUUUGGCUGAGACUCAACCAAAGAAGAUCUGCUCGCAAAUCGGUGUUUGCACUUUUGAUGGCACCCACGGGGUCAGCAUGGGGAUUGAGUCCGUGGUGGACAAGGAAGACACCAAAUCACCUAGAGGUCUUCGAGAUGCUGGUUGUGUUGCAUGUGAAAUGGCGGUUGUGUGGAUACAAAGCCAACUAAAGCAGAACAUGACUCAAGAGCGCAUAGUGAACUACAUUAAUGACAUAUGCGAGCGCAUGCCUAGUCCAAACGGAGAGUCUGCUGUUGACUGCUCACAACUCUCUACGAUGCCUACCGUGUCAUUCACCAUUGGAGGCAAAGUCUUUGAUCUUGCUCCAGAAGAGUAUGUACUUAAGAUUGGGGAAGGACCAGUGGCGCAGUGCAUAAGCGGCUUUACCGCACUUGACAUCCCUCCACCUCGUGGACCUCUCUGGAUAUUGGGUGAUGUGUUUAUGGGAAGAUAUCAUACUGUUUUUGACUUUGGCAACGAGCAGGUUGGCUUCGCAGAAGCUGCGUAGGUCUUUUUGUUUAUGUGUUUGUGUGAGAGCUUUGUUGUGUUGUGAAACCUCUUUGUACUUGUUGAGUUGAGUUAAACUCUCUCUCUCUAAGCUUCUGUAAUUAUUCCGGUGCUUAGUUGAAGUUUUUGUGUUGUUAAUUUCGGUGCUAAGUUGAAGUUUUUGUGGUGUUGUUAAUUUCGGUGCUAAGUUGUUUCGGCUACUUUAUAAUCCUGAAAGGCUGAAAGUAAUUAUAAUCAAU